GCCCCUCGUAUUUAGCUUGUUUAUGUGUUUGGGUGAAGACGUAUUUUGAUAUGAAAUGUCGGUUUGGUGUUGGGUAACUUGUAUUCUGGUCCUGCAGAUAUUGAAACAGAUCAAUGGUUAUGACCUCGUACGACUCACAAACAAAGGGGCGGACGACGGAAGUUACACCGUUGAAGUUCACUACGAUCAGAAAUGGCGCACAAUCUGUGGUCGGCAUUGGUCUUCCGCCAACGCACGUGUCGUCUGCAGACAAACAGGACAGCCCGCCACCACUGGUUCAACCAAAUGUAGCACAAAGCAUCCUUGGGUGAAGGCCUUUCAAGUUGGUUCAAAUGAAGGGCCAUGCCCCCUUCGAAGGGGAGGUAAUCACAAAAAUGCAAAAUUAGGGACUCGAUGUGUAGCAGAAUUUCGACUGAGCAAAGAUCUGGAGGAAGAGGAAGCAGAGGCGGUGAAUUUGAAUUAUCAGUGUAUGGGAAAUGAAACGGCUCUUCACAGAUGUCCUUACGAUUUUAGUAGCACGCAUGGUAGCAGAAUAUAUACAUCAUGCAGUAGGCAGCCCCGUUUUGCUGUCAUUUGUGGAACUCAGUGUCCUGCCUGGCGUUAUGGAGAGGACUGUCUUCCUUGCCCUUGCAAUCAGAACAAUACGGAGAAAUGUGACGAUAAAUCAGGAAAAUGCACGUGUAAAGCCGGCUUUUCUGGGGAGACUUGUGACUGUCAGGAUGGAAAACAUACAUGUAACCCUACAACCUCGUUUUGCCAUAUGGACAACGGAAACCCAGUGUGUCUUUGCAAAAAAGGAGUAACAUCAACAUCACAGAAUAAAUGCAAUGGGUUUGGUUUGCGGUUUGCGGAUAGAGCUGCCAAUGACACUGGAGAGGUGGAGUUUUACAAUAAUGGGACGUGGAAUGCCCUGUGUAUUAUGAGAUCAAGUAAUACAGAAAUUGUUGAUGUUAUUUGCAGACAACUCGGUCUACCGAUAGUACAUACUAGUGCAUUUCUUUCCAAAUAUAUUCCCAAAACUGACCUGCCAGAUUAUCAGAUUGCUGAGACAAUGUGUGAGGGUACAGAAACAUCUCUUGUUGAUUGUAAAAUGACCAUGGUUCCUGCAAUGUCAUGUAACAUUGCAGUAGGAAUAAUGUGCUCCUCAGCAUGCCCAAACUGGAGAUUUGGAGAGAAGUGCAAUUUAUGUUCCUGUAACAAAACGAAUUCGGAGAGCUGCGAUCCUUCAACAGGAGAAUGUAAAUGUAAAUCAGGAUUCACUGGCGCCACCUGUGACUGCUUACAGGGAAACAACCCCUGUAAUGAAACAAUCUCUGAAUGCCAUGCACAAUUAGGAAAACCAACAUGUCUUUGCAAAACAGAAUUCAUUCAUAAAAAUUACAGUUGUACAGAUCCGAUAAGGCUUGCAAACUUAACAACAACUGUAACAACCAGUGGGAGUAAACUUUAUGAGGGAAGAGUGGAACUUUAUAUUAACGGUAGUUGGGGAACAAUUUGCGAUGAUGCUGCCCACCCUGGAGUGAAAAUGAUUGAAGUUCUCUGCAGAAAUCUUGGUCUACCAAGCACAUACUUGGAUUAUGCAGGCACUGCGUAUUAUGGAAUGGGCACAGGUCCAAUCCAUUAUACCUUUGUGCACUGUACAGGGAAGGAAGCAUCAGUGUCGCAGUGUUAUACUUCAACGUCCUCCUAUUGCAGUCAUAGUGAAGAUUUGGGUAUCAGAUGUGGUGAAGAAUGUCCGGAUUUUAGAUUCGGAAGCGAUUGUCUGAACUGUCAGUGCGUCCGUUCAAACACACAGUUUUGUAAUAAGACAUCAGGAGAGUGUGUUUGUAAAGAUGGCUAUGAAGGACAGACAUGUUCGUGCCAGAAAGGCAAACAUAUGUGCAAUCUACAAACGUCCAUUUGUGAAAAUAACAUGUGUUAUUGCAAGUUUGAAAACAACGAAACAAAAUCAUCUUGUUUUGAGAGGCUCCGAUUGGACAAAGAAAAUGGCAGUUACUUACAAUAUCAUGCAAAUAAUCAAUGGAAUUAUUUGUGCAACAGUGCGACAUCGUCGAGGUUCUCAACUGAACAGAUUCUCUGUCGUGUAUUGCAUCAGCCAACAAAGAUUACCAAACUUGAGGUGAAGUACAGUUCUCCAGUAGGCUAUAAGUUUACUGUUGAUGAAAGCUGUCGGAAUCCCUGGCUUCCAAAUAGAGCAGAAUGCCUGACAUUUGAGAACACAUCAACUGCAUGUUACAAUGGAAUUGUGACACUACAGUGCUUGGAAGAAUGUCCAGAUGGGAUGUACUUUAAAGAAUUAGGCUUUGGAUGCGAAAAAUGUCGAUGCAACAUGAAGAACACUAAACGUUGUGACAAGACUGGGAAAUGUAUCUGUAAAUCGGGAUAUGAGGGGGCGCUUUGUGACUGUGUGAAAAAUACCUGUAACACCGCAGUGGCUUUUUGUCAAAACAAUCAGAACGGAACCAAAUGCUUGUGCAAACCAGGCUACGAAAACCGAGGAUAUAAUUGUGAAGACUCCAUGAGAUUAGAAUUGAGUAAUCAAUCAUAUUUCAAAAGAGUGAAGUACAAAAUCGACAGUUCUUGGGUUUAUGCUUCAAAUCCGUCAUCAUAUGUUAGUUCAUCAGAAAGAGGUGUUUGUGUACGAAUGGGAUUACCAACGUUUUACAAUAAACUUGGAGUAGAAACCAUACAUCAAUUGAUGAACUUAACAGAUUUUGAAUGCAUGAAUAAAGAAUACGUUGCACUGAGCCUCAAUUACUCAGAGUGUAUAAACCAAAAUAGACCGAGAUAUUACUUUGCUCCUUCCAGCAACUUAAAGACAGCGUCAUGUCUGAAGGAGUGUCCCAAAAUGAUGUUUUACAAUACCACAUCUUUUGAGUGUGUGCUGUGUAGUUGUAACAAUAACAACACCGUUUCCUGUAACCAGACGACAGGGGAGUGCAAGUGUAAGGCAGGGUUUUUCGGACCGUCAUGUGACUGCAUCCAAAACCAACACAACUGUAACAACACCUACUCCUACUGCUCCUUCCAAGGAAGCGCACCUACCUGUACUUGUCGUCUUGGGUUUUACGGGAAAAAUUUGGGCUGUUUUGAACCUUUGCGAUUUAUCAGAAACACUGGUGUUUUGGAAUUGUACGAUAGAGGUGAAUGGAAGCUCAUUUCCACUAGCUAUAAGUGGAAUGAUGAUGAAUCAAAAGUGAUCUGCAGACAGUUAGGCUUACCAACGUUUUAUGUGAGAUAUACAACCAAAUCUCGAAGUGCCACCAACCUGAGAUACAGUGAAUAUAAUAAUAAGAAAAAAUUAACUUAUCUUUCUUGUUCGGGAGAGGAGACAGAAAUAUCACAGUGCAGUUUUAGUACAUCGUCAUAUAUUUCUAGCUACACAUCAUUUGCAAUUGUCGAAUGCAGAAGAGAUUGUCCAGAUUUUCUGUAUGGUCCAACGUGCAAGCGAUGUGAAUGCAACCAGCUGUACUCCAGAUACUGCAAUAAAACUACAGGAGAAUGCGUAUGUAAAUCAGGCUACUCUGGUGACACGUGUGACUGUGUGCAGGGAUCUCAUUUCUGUAACGCCACCUUCGCGUUUUGUGGACUACCAACUCCAUCCUGUUACUGCAGGGAUCAGUACAAUAGGCGUGGACUAAAGUGCAAAGAUUCACUACAAUUUUAUAACAAUGUUAAUGGAAGCAAGGGCGUACUACAGAUCUACAAGAAUGAGUCCUGGAACACAUUCUGCGAUGAUUCAUUUGCCAGAGAUGAAGCACUUGUUGCAUGUAGACAACUACGACUUCCAACUCGGUACAUAACAUUUGCAACCAUAAAGUAUAGUCAGAGAAUACCAGGUGAAUACAAUUUAGGAAUUGUGUACACAAUACAAUGCAAUGGAAACGAAACCAGUCUCUCUGACUGUAAGAAGUUCAGCACACACGGAUCGUAUUGUUCUCACAGUGAAGAUGUUUACCUUCAGUGUUUAUCUGAAUGUCCGAAGUGGACUUACGGAGAUGAGUGUGAAAAUCUGUGUGUAUGUAACCAGACAAACAGUUUGUCAUGUGAUGAAGACACUGGAAAAUGUUCCUGUAAACCAGGAUAUUUUGGAGAGUUUUGUAACUGUAAAACUGGAGUUCACAAAUGCAACACAGCGAUAUCGAUCUGCCACACGAAUUCCAGUGGAGAUGGAGUGUGUCUCUGUAAAGCUGGAUUGUCUGAUAGAGAUUACCAAAAUGAGGGAUGCUACAAGGAAUAUGUACGAUUAAUCAACCAGACAUCUUCUAACGAAGCAGCUGUUGAAAUGUUCCACUCAGGAAUGUGGGGAGGGAUAUGUAAGACUGGAUGGACUAAAAAGAAUGCUCAAGUGGUGUGCCAGCAAUUUGGUUUGCCUUCGGACAAAGCACAGAUGAUUAGAAGUUUGACAACAAUGCCAAGUUCUUACUUUUCCUGGACUGAUAUUACUUGUAAUGGAACAGAAAAAAGUCUUCUGGACUGUGUGAGAUCUACUAGUAGCUCGACAUACUGUUAUGGUAGAAAAGCUGCAGUGAUUGUGUGCCCCAAAAAUCCAUGGAUUCGAUUGAUUCAAGAGACGAAAACUCGUACGAAGACGAGUGGAAUGCUGCAGGUUUACCAUAACAAUAAGUGGGGUUAUGUUUGUGAAAGUGGCUUUAGUGACAAUGAUGCACUGGUAGCAUGCCGAGAACUAGGCUUGCCAACGAAAUAUGCAAAGGAUGGAUCUGGCAGGAUUUCUGGUAGUGGAAGUGUAACACACUUGAAAUAUGUCGGAUGCAAUGGAGACGAAGAAAGUCUUGCCGACUGUUCUGCAAGUAAUGGGAGUUACUGCUACAGCUAUUCAAGGUCAAGAGUAAAAAUCUCCUGUGACAGUGUUUGUCCAGACAUGAAGUAUGGUGAAAACUGCCAAUUAACCUGCCCAUGCAACAGACAGAAUACUGCCUCUUGUGAUAUAGAAACGGGGCAAUGUGUGUGUAAGUCUGGAUAUACCGGGUUUUCCUGUGGAUGUACAGCUGGUUCUCAUAACUGUAACACCACGGUUUCUGAUUGUCACAAAGAAUCCGGUAAAGUACUCUGCAUCUGCAAGAAAGGAUACACCAGUUCUAAGCAUGGUUGUAUAGAAAAUGUGCGGAUAAACAGUGACAAAAUUGUUCAGUUAUUUGAAAUGGAUGGAUGGAAAUAUGCUUGUAGAAACAGCUUUUGGUCAAGAAAGAAUGCUUUGGUAUUAUGCCGUCAGCUCAACCAAAGCUCGGAUAUUUUAUAUUCCACUUCACGGUAUCGAAGUUAUGGUUACCAGUUUUCAACUUCAAAGCGUGUCAUUACUUGUAAUGGAACAGAGGAAAUGCUGGCGGAUUGCCCAUAUACAGUGCAGACAUCUUGUUCUUAUAAUGCCAAAAUUAUGUGUGGGAAUUGCCCAAAUUGGACAUACUCCAGUGAUUGUUCUAAAUCCUGUGAUUGCAAUCGAGAAUAUAGUUUGGGAUGUGAUGUCAAUAAUGGAACCUGUAUUUGUCGAGAUAAUUUCAAAGGAGAUGAUUGUAGUUGUCAUGCAGCUACUGCAGACCCAUGCUCUGGGCAACACUCCAAAUGUAAAUUUGACAGAUGCAUCUGUGAAGAGGGAUCCUUCAAUCAGUCAGCAUCAUGUUCAGAUUUAAAAGACACCAUCUACUAUUGCUCUUUCCAAACGUAUUCAUGGCGAGACACUUGUAGUAUAAGAACUUUGAAUAGCCGUUCGAAUCGACACGGUUACGUAUCUUCUAGUUCUUGGAGGCCAAAAGCUGGUAGCGACAAUUUCAAUUAUCUGUAUGUGGAUACACGACCUUACUAUAUCUCUGCUGAUUCCUAUUUCAACGAAAUGAACUUGACAUUGCAAAUAGCACGGAAACAGUUCUGCCUAUAUUUCGACUAUGUGGUUAAUGGACGUGGGACAAUAAUAGUAUCAACAAUAGACAGUAUGAACUUGGAAUCAACAGUAGCCACUCUGUCAGGCCAGUCUCCGAAAAACUGGACAACCAAAUACACAGAAAUAAAUGGAAAGCGUCCUAUAAAUCAGAUAAAGAUCACAAUGGGGGAAAGAACAGCCAUUGACAGAAUUGUUGCGGCAGGGACCUCAUGUGUGUGCCCAGAUUGGACAUUUGGUCAAGAUUGUGACAAAUGUGCAUGUGUGAGGAUGCACACACAAUCUUGCGAUAGAACCCGCGGGACUUGUCAGUGUAAAGCAGGAUAUACAGGAGAGGCUUGUCAAUGUGAGGAUAACGGGAAACCUUGCUUACAUGAUAUUCGUUUGGUGAAUGGAAACACGACCAACAUGGGAAGAGUGGAGGUGGUCACAGACGGCAUUUGGUCUACAGUUUGUGAUCAAAACUGGGACGACAAUGAUGCCACAGUCGUCUGCAAACAUCUAGAAAUAGCAAAAUAUGGUAUAGCUGUGUUGAAUGCAGGCUUUGGAAAAGGCAUUGGGCCUGUUCAUGUUGAUAGAGUAAAUUGUCAGGGAAAUGAAACAGAUUUCAUGGAAUGCCCAUUCACUCAAUCAUCAUGUGACCAUUCAGAUGAUGCAGGAGUAAUUUGUGUCAAUAUAUCUAGUGUUAUCCGACUGCGUGGCGGUAGUGACAAAACUCAGGGUCGUCUAGAGAUUAAAAUUGAUGGGAGUUCAUGGGGUACAGUGUGUGAUGAUGGAUUUUCAGUGGAGGAUGCACGGGUGGCGUGUCGACAGCUGGAACUACCCACGAGGAACGUCCAAGCUAAAACAUCUGCAUAUUAUGGGCAAGGGACAGGAAGAAUCUUAUUAAGCAAUCUGCAGUGUAAUGGAAAUGAAAUAUCUAUUCAGUCUUGCCCAGCCACAAAGUAUCCUAGUAGCUAUAGCUGUGGUCAUUAUGAAGAUGUUGGUAUUUCCUGCUCAAAUGACUGUCCAUUAUUUAAGUAUGGAGAGAAAUGCGAGAACGAUUGUGUUUGCGAUCAAAGAACUUCCUUAUCAUGUGACAAAGACACAGGGGAGUGCAAAUGUGAAGAUGGAUGGACAGGUCCCCUUUGUUCAUGUGGAAACAAUAUGAAAUGCGAUGAAAAUUCGUACUGUGAUGGGUCCAAAUGCCUUUGUAUUGAUGGGUUUUUUACUAAACCAUCAAAUUGCUCAGAUGAUAAAGCCGUGGUUUAUUCCUGUUCAUUCGAGACGGACUUUGACGUAUGUUCCAUUGUAAACUAUGGGAAAAUGAAGUGGAAAAAAGACAGUAGUGGGACACCUAGCGAUGACACGGGUCCAUAUACUGCGAAAAGGGGCAAAUACUAUGUAUACACGGAAGCUACCAGCAAGUCCACUGGCGACAAAGGAGUGAUGGAAAUUCCACUUGACAAAUUGAAUUCAACGAGGUAUAACUGUUUCCAGUUUUACUUUCACAUGAGAGGAGAUGACAUGGGCGAUUUAAAUAUAACCACAGAAGAUAGAUUUGGAUCAAAUAUUGCAAGGUGGUCAAAGUCGGGACAUUAUGGUUCUCGCUGGGACAGAGGCUAUGUAGCUCUAUCAGCCGAUACAUUUAAGAUAAAGAUAACGGGGAUAAGAGGCAAUGGGUAUCAGUCAGACAUUGCACUAGAUGACUUCAAAAUCUUGCAAGGACAUUGUGUGUGUGACAAAUGGAAAUACGGUUUGAUGUGUGAAAAAUCGUGCAACUGUAGAAGAAGUAGUUCUGAAAGCUGCGACAGCCAGACAGGAAGCUGUGUUUGCCGGUCCGGAUGGAGUGGAAAGACAUGUAAUUGUAUGAAAGCAACUGACACAUGUCAUGUUGCCUAUUCCUAUUGCCAUGGUAACCAGUGCCUGUGUAAAGAUGGCCAGUAUGACACAGGUGUAACUUGCUCUGGUAUGAAUGACAUCACAUAUUUCUGUUCAUUUGAUUUGCCACACAGCGUUGACCAAUGCAAAAUUGAAUUAUUCCCAAUGAAAUGGGAUAUUGAAGAGAGCACCAGGCAUUCGAUAAAUGAUGAUUACCAUCUUGACGACAAUCGCUAUUUGAUGACAAGAGUCAGCACUCUGGGCAAUGUGUACAUAUUUACUCUCAGAAAUAUAACUUUAAAAAGCAAAAGCUGUCUACAAGUGAAAUAUUUUGCACGUGAUCCAACGAAGCAAAUGCUUAGAAUUCAAGUAAUAAAGGACAACCAUUUGAUGAGUAACAAGUUGUUUCAAGGAAGGGAUUGGUCAACAGCCCGUGUCUCCUUAGCAGCAGCUUCACAUGUCAAGAUUCAUUUCAUGGCUUACAUUUACAACAGUUUACCUGUGCUAAUAGAUGAUAUAAUCAUCACUGCCAAGGAUUGUGGUGCAUGCUCACAGUGGUAUUAUGGUUCAGAUUGUGAAAAAAUGUCCAAAUGCAACCGCACAAAUACGCUUUCAUUUGACAACAAUGACCUUUGCAACUGCAAGAGAAAUUGGUAUGGUGAAUGGUGUGAUUGUUUGAAGGCACAAAAUGACGCAUGUGUCAAACAGGGAGAAGUGUGCAGGGAAAGCACCUGUACCUGUAAAGAUGGAUAUACCAGAGCCGGAACGGGCUGUAGAGAUAUCAACGAAUGCAAAAAUGUGUGCAAGAGUCCUCUACAAAUAUGCACAAACGGCGCUGGAUCGUAUAAAUGUGUUUGUAAAAAUGGAACCUUUGGAGAUGGAAAUAUUUGCUCAGAGUCAGUGUUUGCAGUUACAAAUGGGUCUCGUUCACAAGAAGGUACAUUGUUGAUGUGGCGAGACAAUGCAUGGGGGACAGUUUGUCAGCCAUUUGAUUUGAUAAUCGCCAUGAAAGCUUGUAAAACAAUUUUUCCGGGAAUGUAUGGCAUUCAUCUUGCUCGAAAAGGUUACAAAUCACCAAAUGGAAUAUCAUACAGCUCUGUAUUACGCGAUCAUAUUAUAAAAGGAUCUGACUAUUCAGAAUAUGGUGUUUCUAUACAGCCAUGUGAUACAGAGAAAAAUGCUGUGUAUCUUACAUGUGGAGUCUGCGGAGGGAUAUACAAAAACCAGUUUGGACUUGUCGAGCCUCCUCUUCAAACUCCAGCAAACACUCUCUGCUAUUUUUUAUUGUCACCAUUCAAUGCAAAAUCCAUAAAUGCAACAUUCAUCUCCUUCUCCAUGAACUUAAACAAUAACAAUGAAACACAAUCAAAACGAUCCAUUAUAUGGUGUGGUGACACCUAUCUAGAGAUUUAUGAUGGGACAGAUAUGGAUUCCCCUUUCCUUGGACGAUAUUGUGGAAGUCGACCAAGAUUCACUAUCAACUCAAAAGGAAAUUCAUUAUUUGUUGUGUAUAGAACAUCCCGAGAUACAUCCAAGCAUGAUUUCCAGAUGAUUUACAGAACAGAGAAGAAUGUUGAAGAUCCUCACGCACUUGGAGAACGCUGCAGCCACUCUACGCAAUGUGUAGCAAACAACGCCUCUUGUAUUAGCAACAGAUGUUCAUGUCACAGAGAAUACUACAUGUUUGAUACAGCCACAUGCUUACAAAAAAAACAUUGGAAUUCUUCCUGCCUUAGACCUGAAGAAUGCAAAACUGGAUAUUGCGAUACUGAAAACUCUUUGUGUAGUUGUCCAACCUAUUCAGAAAUUGAUGUAGAAAAUGAAGAAUGUACAGCCAAACCAGCACCAUUGGAACAACCGGAGAACUCUGCAGUAUGGCUGGUGCCACUCGUUGUCUUUAUUCUGCUGAUUAUUAUUAUUCUGAUUGCAAUCAUCAUUGUCUUUGCUAGAAGGAAGGGAUACAUUCUUUGGCGUCGGGGGAACGAUGCAACUUUCACUUACUCGGAACUUAUGUCUGCAACAAAUCCUUUGUAUGGAUUCAGCGCUGACGACAAAAGUUCACAUCGAGGCUCAGUUAUUUCCAUUAAUCAAUCGGGAGAUGACGAGAGUCACCGAAUACGUCUGAGUAAUUUUGGCGAAAUCUAUGAGAGCAUGUGUGAUAAUGUGAACUGGCCAGAGGAGGAAUUUCAGAACAUUAUUCAGAUCAGUCAGCAGAGACCAACAGACAUUGGAGCAGCCUCACAAAACAGGCAUAAAAACAGAAAUGGGGACAUCUUGCCAUAUGACUACAACCGCUUGAGAGAAUCUGGAACAACCAGUGUUGCAGACUACAUCAACGCAAGUGUGAUAGAGGGUCUGCACAGCCAUUAUCCCUACUAUAUCGUGACACAGUAUCCCCUCGUAUCCACACAGAAUGAUUUCUGGAGAAUGGUGUGGAAGCAAAGAGUCUCUUCUGUUAUUGGACUUGUCUCCAGCAAUGAAAAGGAAGUAUACUUCCCAACAAAAACGGGAAUGACUAGAACCUUUGGAAAUAUCAAGGUGCAAACACUAUCAACUUUAACUGUGCACAGAUGUACAUUCCGAUGCUUGAAAAUUUUGAAGGGAUCGAAAAGCCACACAGUGAAUCAUUUUCAGUCGUCAUUCCUCUCCAAUUUCACAAAAGACGAGUGUGGUGACCUAGUGAAUCUUGUAAAUCUUGUACAUUCCAAUGCAGAAGCUGGACACGACAGUAGACCAAUGGUUGUUCAUUGUUUGAAUGGAACUGGUAAAUCAGGAUUGUUUGUGGCCAUGGAUUACCUCCUUCAGCUCAUUAACAAUGGAGAUACUCACAUCGACAUUUUUAAGCUGACCCAAAUCCUUGUCAACAACCGAGUGAAAUUAAUAGAGAACGAGACACAAUACCAAUUCCUGUAUGAAUGUGUAGAGUUCUACUUGGAGCAUAGAAAAUCCAGCCAAUUUCAAAAAGACUCUGAGUUCAAUUUUACAGAGGAAGAAGACACAGGACUGAUAGAAAUAUCUCCAACAGACAAGACAACUUUCUUCACAAAAAAGCACUGACUGAAGAGAUAGAUGUUUUUCCAAUGCUACGUGUAAUAGUAUGGCAUAACUAACAUUGUGACAUAAAUGCAUGUUUAUAUUCCAUUGCUUAUAAGUGUGAAAAUAUGUAGUCUUCUUCCCAGUAAUCUAGUUAGUCACAUUCCUGGCAUGUAAGGAGUUGAUUUGCUGUCAGACGUUUUGGAGAAAAAUAUGUUGUAAUGUACAUGUGAAAUUAAAUAUCUCAGCAUUGAAGUUAAGCUGUCCAUGAGAUAAUCAAGCAGGGAUUAAUGUCUUUUUAUAUAUUUUGUCCCUAAAUAGUGAAGUAUCACAAAUUCCACUGUGGCUUGUAAUUGUGCACAAUUGUAUAUAAUCAUUUGUAUUCUGGGGCAAAAUGCUACCCAUUCUGAUAAUCAGUGGCAAUUAAGUAGGACAUUUUGACUUGCACAUGUAAUAUGUUAUAUUUUUCCUAGAUGAGGGAUCUAGGUGUUAUCUCAAUAUUAAUUUUUCUGUAUAUUCUAGCUUAAGCAUUUUGAAGACGAUUGCAUGCCAUAAACCUUUAUACCGGUACCUCUGUAUAUAAAUCAGAAAUAAAAUGUCUUGUCUCAAUUCUUAGUUUAUAACAUAUGCAUUUAUUAAAAUAUUUUACACGGCAGUUUAAAGGCAACUGCCAUGCACUCCACUUCAUCAUUGCCAUAAUAGGACCGUACACUGCCAUGACAUCACACGAGUCCUGAAAAUGAACAACAGGUAACUAUACUCAAAAGUUUAAACAAUUCCCGUACUUUUGAGGUAAUAUCUUGCGUAAUUUAGAAAAAGAAUUUCAUAUGAGAAUUGAAAACUACCUAGACCAUAGAUACAAGGGACAAGAUAAAAAGAUCAAUAUCUCGCAAAAAAAGACUGGGCUAAUUUCACAUUUUCAUCAAUUCCCCCCCUUCCCCCCCCCCCCACACACACACACACACACCCCUUUUAAAACUAAAUAUGAUGAAUUUUGAUCCAAAUCAAUUAUCAAGUACACGUUCUGAUGACACAAUAAUUUUCUACUGUUUAUUCAUAAAUGAAAGGUCAAAUAGUAUUUAAAUGUACAAUGAGAAAGUUGAUUCCUUCAAGAAAUUGCUUAAUUAAUGUUGAAUGAUUAUACCCAUACAGUAUACCCACCCCAGCUAUUUUAGAUAUAAGGAACAAGAUUAAGAAGAUCAAUAUAUCACAAAAAUACACUACCGUAAUUUCACAUUUUCAUCAAUCCCCCACUCCACCCCACCCCUUUUAAAACUAAAUAUGAUGAAUUUUGAUCCAAAUCAAUUAUCAAGUACAAGUUUUGAUGACCCAAUAAUUAUACCCCCCGCAACAAGUUGUGGGGGGGUAUACUGGAAUCGGGUUGUCCGUCCGUCUGUAGACGCAAUGGUUUCCGGGCUCUAAAGCAUUAUCCUUUCCACCUACCGUCACCAUAUCAUAUAUAUGGACUACCCAUGGGAUGAAGAUGUUCCCUAUCGAUUUUGGGGUCAAAGGUCAAGCGCACUGGACAUCGAAGUAGCAAUAUGGUUUCCGGGCUCUAAAGCGUUAUCCUUACCACCUACCGUCACCAUAUCAUACAUAUGGACUACCCAUGGGAUGAAGAUGUUCCCUAUCGAUUUUGGGGUCCAAAGGUCAAGCACACUGGACAUCGAAGUAGCGAUAUGGUUUCCGGGCUCUAAAGCGUUAUCCUUACCACCUACCGUCACCAUAUCAUACAUAUGGACUACCCAUGGGAUGAAGAUGUUCCCUAUCGAUUUUGGGGGUCCAAAGGUCAAGCGCACUGGACAUCGAAGUAGCAAUAUGGUUUCCGGGCUCUAAAGCGUUAUCCUUUCCACCUACAGUCACCAUAUUAUACAUAUGGACUACCCAUGGGAUGAAGAUGUUCCCUAUCGAUUUUGGGGUCCAAAGGUCACGCGCACUGGACAUCGAAGUAGCAAUAUGGUUUACGGGCUCUAAAGCGUUAUCUUUUCCACCUACAGUCACCAUAUCAUAUAUGGACUACCCAUGGGAUGAAGAUGUUCCCUAUCGAUUUUGGGGUCAAAAGGUCAAAGGUCACGUGCACUGGACAUCGAAGUAGCAAUAUGGUUUCCAGGCUCUAAAGCGUUAUUCUUUCCACCUACAGUCACCAUAUCAUACAUAUGGACUACCCAUGGGAUGAAGAUGUUCCCUAUCGAUUUUGGGGUCAAAAGGUCAAAGGUCAAGCACACUGAACAUUGAAGUAGCAAUAUGGUUUCCGGGCUCUAAAGCGUCAUCCUUUCCACCUACAGUCACCAUAUCUUACAUAUAGACUACCCAUGGGAUGAAGAUGUUCCCUAUCGAUUUUGGGGUCAAAGGUCACGCACACUGGACAUCGAAGUAGCAAUAUGGUUCGGUUUGUCAUGCCAUUUGUUUUUUACACUCAGAAAAGAGGUAGUUUAUACCUAUUACCAACACCCUUUGGGAGAUUGGGGUAAGCGGGGGGUAUUCUUAGUGAGCAUUGCUCACAGUACCUCUUGUUUUCUACUGCUUAUUCACAAAUGAAAGGUCAAAUGUAGUAUUUAAGUGUACAAUGAGAAAGUUGAUUCCCUUAAGAAAUCGCUUACUUAAUGUUGAACGAUUGACAGAUAGCAGUAGGAGUUUUUACCCAUACGGUAUACCCAUCCCAGCUAUUUUAGUAUAUAGUGUUAUCCGACAUUUAUAUUUUGCUUUUGUCUCAAAGAGAAUGAUUCAAAAUAUUAAUUACAAACUAUUUAAGAUCCAUUUUCUGUGAACUUCUAACCAUGAAACUGAAAUGUUCAAAUAACCCUGUAUUUAUAUUUGAAAGCAAACUAUAAUUUGUUGAUCUUUUUCCUUUAAUUAUAUAAUUAUAUCCUUUGAAGUUUACAACUAAAUACUGUGUAUUUUUGUUUCACGACUGGUGUAUAAAUCAGGAACCCAAGCAGCUGUUCUUCAGGAAAUUAUUAAUACAUGAUAUUGUAAGAAACUACAGACAUUUAUUAGUUUUACUUUUAAUAUAAAUUGGAUUAAAAAUGGCUUCAAAUAGAUAUUCUGAUAAAAUCCUUCUGUAUGAAAAAUUGAAUGGGAUUUUUUGCCCAUUGCCUUUAAUAAACUCAGUGCUUUGCCAAAAAUUGAAAUACUUAUAAAAUGUUGGUAUUUUAAUUGGUGGUAUAAUCUGUUGAACAUUUUGUUCUUGUUGCUCCAUUUUUAUGUACACAGUUUGAUUCAUGGUGACGUGACGUCAUGCAUUGGGUGAACAUUGCAUCAUUUGUGCAACAUUUUUGAAUAGUAAGAAAUGUGUCACUAGCAUUUAAUUUUAUUUAAAUUUAAUGUUUCUGACAAUGUGCAUAUAUUCAACAAUUUUCAAAAAAUUUAAAGUAAAGAUGUUGAAAAAUUCAGAAGUGAUUAUAUUGUUGUAUGAUUUGUGCACUGAGUGUUUACCAAGUAGAAAGAUCGCCACUGAAAACAGCAGCUAAUUGUUAUAACUCCCCUGUAUAGAGGGUCUGGAAUCUAGUGUAGUAUUAGUAUGUAGAAGUGAUAUGAAAGUAAACAUUUGACAUGUUUUGCACUAUGUAUGUACAUGUGUAUCAUAUAUGUAAUGAGUGUAUAACACAUAUGUAAAUCCAAAUAGAUUAAAGGAGAAUAUAUUCCUUUUCUUUAUAUAUUUUGAAAUGUAUUCUAACUGUAAUGCAUGUGAAUAUUGUGAUGUGUAUUCUGAAUAUUGGGUCAAAAAAAUUGAUGAUGAUGAUGUUUUUUUAUUUUCCUUGAUUUGAUUGAGAAGGGAAAGCCCUUUUAACGAUUUCGCUAUGUCUGUAGAUGGCUGAUUACAUUACUCAAUUUAUACUUUAGGCAAGGAGUGAAUGAACUCAUUGAGGACACAUCUCACUGACCCAUAAUACGAUCCUGAUCUGUAAAUGGUGAUUUAUUCCUAGUUAUGCUUUUCAAGUAUUAUCAGUUUCAUAUAUAUAUAUGUAUCAGUACUUAAUCCAAAUAUUUGCAGUUUGCAUUGCUCCUUAUAUGACUUCUUAAAUCGGCAGUAUUUUUGAUAAGGUAUUUCAGAAAUGUUUUCUUCAACUGAUUUCAAAAUGUAUGCAGUUUUAUGUAUUACAUAUAGUGAUCUGAAGUCAGUUAGGGAGUGUUCCCUUAUUUAAGAUAUCAUUGCAUACACUGUCUAUUAAAGCUUUUGCAAUCAACAAA